CUUACUGCAUUGCUACUUUCUAUACAAACCUCCCAAAAGAUGCUGGAAGCCAUUCGGAUACACCGUCAUAAAGUUGUUCAAAAAUGGCCGGUGUCGAUUAAUUUGUAAUUGAUGUUGACACUCUUGGAGGCUGAGUAAAUAUCUUAUCCGCUGGAUUAGCGAUCGUAACUUCAAUGAUCUGCUCGAUCUCUGGCGAGGAGCUAGAGCGACAGCAGUCAGGCAGGGGUUGAUUUUUAACGGACUGACAUGCUUCUUGGAAUUGCUUGGGUUUUUAGUGUGUUGCCGUAGGACCAGCUGCCAUGAAUUAAUAGGAUCGACGUGAUCGAGGGACAAAUUGAUAGAAACGUCCUGGGAUUCUUGGACGCGCCCUCGGGACUAUAUAGUUGUACUUACUACCGGAAAACCGACAAGAGCUUCCGUUGCUGUCGAGGGCUUGAACAGGAUUCGUUGCCGUCGAAAGACAAUUCUCAGAAUUGAGUCGAGGUCAGCAGAGGUCACUCAGGACUUUUCCUGGGUGGUGGCUAUGGCGGAGAUCGGCUGGGGUCCGAAGAUGAUGAUCAUAGGCUACCCCACCCCUGCCCGGGGCAACCUACCCGAGAGUCCAUUGUUCCAGAUCAGGGCAAACUCGAAUUCAAGCCCAAUGUUAACAAGGAUGACCGAACUCACCAACACUCCCACCAUGAUCCCAAUGGUGGAGAUUAAUGGAACCCCCUCGAGGGACCGGCGCAGCAUCGGCAAGCCGGAUGAUGACGCAACUCUCACUCUGAACACAGGCACGAUAGAGAGGAGGUCUACUUCCAGUCUUGGGGAGGAUGAAAAUUUACCUCGUCGUCCAAGAAAGCCAUUCGAUUUUAAUCAAUACGCGACGAGGAAGACCAUUGCCACUGGCCUAUUGGACCUCGCCCUUCUCUCAGCAAACGCCUGCCAGAUGAAAAUAUGUCUACAACUGGGGCCAAGGCAAACAUUCUUCCAUUUGCUAAUGGUGCUAAUUUCAACGUCCGUCGUAUUGCAGAUAGCCGCCGCCAUAUUGUUUAUGCUGGUUGCCAGGGGUAAUGUCAGAGACUCUGAAACAGAGGACGAGAGAAACAAUCAGAAAAGGACAGCUUUGUUAAACGAUAUCGCUACUGGUUUAGUCUUCCUGAUCACUGUUGUCAAUGUUUUUAUUACUUCUUUCGGGAUGACGGACAAAGUCGAGGAGGAAAAUAGUCCUGCAAGCAAUUCUAACAAAGUUACGCCCAUUAAUCCGCCAACUGUGGCCUCGUAGCACCGAGUUUGUGGGAGCUACGAUGUUAAACUGACAGCUACGGACAAUCAUCACUUCGGCGCUGACUGCGUUUGUAAAUAUUUCAUCACAGGGAUAACCUAUUCGCUCUGUUUGGAACAAACAUAACCCUGUGUAGCUCGGCGAUGGGAAGUUCAUUCCAGCACUACCGAAAACAAAAUCAGACGGACAGACGCAGAUAAUCAUCAUUUUGUUAACAAUUCUUGUGUUAACACCAACAUUGGCUGUGGACGUGCGUUGGGAGUGAUGGAGCCGAUGAUGGGUGCUAUAAACGAUAACCCCGUAGCCUCAUCAUACAUACUAAUGAUGGCAAUUUAGCUGGGCUCCUGGUACCAGUGAAGUAGCGGUGUUCGAUAUGCUCCCAUCGUAAGCUCUGUAAUGAGCGUUAGAAAAAAAAUUCAGUAACACAUUUGUUACACUCUGAACGUUAAAAAGAAGUAACCCGUGGCUGGGGAGGGGGUCGUUUUUUUAGGAUACACCAAAGGCUAUCACUGUACGGUGGUCAAAUCUCUAAAAUGUAUAUAUUUUACAUCUUCAAAUGGUCAAAUGGUCAAUGAUGAUUUGCUCCUGAUGAAGGUCGUUCGCACCUUUUGUGGAGACAAGUAGAAACAGGGUGCUUGUGUUCGUGCCUGAUCAAUAGCUGGUCUUCGCCAGUAAUGACGGUAAUACGCACAAGCUCCUGGCAUUUAUUUCAGAGUAACCACUAUUCAUGACAAGCAUACGCCCUUCUAAUCAGCUGCACCAGAAUGGAUGCUGUCUAAGGAUAACGAGAUGUGUGCUAUAGCCAGCGCUACUUAGAACUUGUAUGUGUCUGUAUACAUCCUCAUCAGCAUUAAUGGCAAUAACUACCCAAAACACGCAACACGAUUGGGAAUAAUUCUCUGCAGCCAAUUCAACCUGGUUGUUGCGGCAAUGUAAGCUUGGUAUUGUAUUAAUGAGAUGAAAUGUUGUCUCGUAUUCUCAUUCCAAGCAGGUUGAGCUGUAUAUUGGUUUUCACGAACUGUUUGAAAUUUGUUUUACAUUUUAUAUUUAUACCAAGUCUCGGUUCUUGCUUGCGUAUAGAUUAAUUAUGUCAUUGAGUAAACCGGAUGUUGUUUUUAUAUUUGACCUAAGUUUAGUAUGUUUGGCUAUAUACCAUGUUCAUUUCCCUUGGGACUCCAUCCACAAUGAGGCCAAAGAAGGUCUAUAGGCAAAUUGCUUGAGCUUCGAGAUCGAUCAACACGGUCUUGGAGAAAUGUGCCAAUGGACUCUGCUCCUAUGAGGAUUCCUAAACCCAUAUUUGCAUCUGAUUCGUAAUUUUGAUUCGCCGUUUCCCAAAUGAUGAUGCAAAAUAAAAGAUUGGACAUUAAAAGUUAAUUGGUACUUUGAACAUGGUGUUUCCCAUGCGAGGAUGCGGCUAAUUAACGAUUCAUGGAUUUCGAUAUGUGUGAUGUGGUUGUUACCAACGAGCAAGCGCCUGACA